AUGGCAGAAAGCUCUCUGCCUAAGGAUUUGAAAAGGGGAAAGGCUAUCAUUCUUCGCGAAGAACGUCGGGGGGAGCCAGAAGAAAAAGUGCCCUUCUCUUCUAAGAUAUUGGAGGAAAAGCUGCCAAAAGGAUAUAGACCCCCAGCUAUUGGGGAAUACGAUGGCAGCAAAGACCUUGAAGAUCACAUUCGCAAGUUUAGAAAUGCGGCUCUGCUACACCAGUAUAGCGACGCCGUUAAAUGUCGAGUAUUCUUGAAUACCCUAUCGGGCUCUGCCCAGAAGUGGUUUGAUGGACUGCCACAUGGGUCCAUCACCUGCUUUUCAGAUUUCAAGAUUGCAUUCCUGUGCCAUUUCACUAGCAACAGGAAGUAUCAAAAGACGGACCACUGCUUGUUUGCUCUCAAGCAAGGGCCCUCUGAGCCAUUAAGGAGUUACAUCAAACACUUCAAUCAAGUAGCCCAGGACGUCCCCGCAGCUACAUCAGAAAUACUUAUGAGCGUAUUCUCUCAUGGUCUGACAGAAGGAGAAUUCUUUAGGGAUCUCAUCAGAAAUCCCGUACGGAAUUUUGAUGAGAUGCUGGAGAAAGCCGCGAGCUACAUCAAUGUGGAAGAAGCGCAGGCGGCUCGAAGGAAGGCAGACAAACCACCCUCCUCUGCCAAUAAAUCGGAGAGAAGAGUACCCCAACCGCCUGCUCAACCUCUCCCGCGCGCUCAGGAAGCCCGACCUACCUUCCACCCCGGUCAGGAUGUCCGGCCGAUUCCGUGCGUAGCUGCAGUCCAUGCCCCCCGACUUGGACCUUGGGAGCCAUGCUACUGUACGUACCAUCGGUCACACACGCAUGCCACCAGCAAUUAUUUUCAAUUCACUCGCGAUUCUUGUCAUGUUACCGAGCUGGGCUUGCGACCACCCGAGUUAGCUCCUCAGUUCCAAAGAAUGAUGGAGGAGCAACGUGAUGCAGCAGGGCAGGCAAGCAGACAACGGGCAGAUCAAGGGGGGUAUGGCAUACAACAACAAGGACGUACUGGGGAGCAAGGAGAAGCCCGCGAAGUGGAGAAUCGGGGCAAUGCAACCAUCCGGGACAUAGGCAUGAUCUUUGGAGGGCCUACUGAUGGAGAUUCGGGCAGGGCGCACAAAUCCCAUGAACGCCAGUUGGAGAUUCAUGCCGUUGGAUGCAGCCAGGAGUAG